GGUGCCGGAUUGAAUGGGCUUCAGAAUGACCUGAAAGAUCAGAAAGCAACAAUUACAUUCAAAGGAAGCAUCAGUGCAUUUGGUACACAGAGUGCCAGUUCGCCAGGUUUAAGUGCAACGAUGUUUCAAUUUUCGCCACUCGUUGAGCAUUUUCUUCAAACAAUCACAAAAACACAGCCAACGAAUGCAAAUUUACCACUGGUUGUGCUUGAUUCCAGUUCUAGCGCACCAAUUUCUAUCAAUGAUAACUCGGAUUCAUACAAGGUUUUUCCGGAAAGCAACACCAUCAAGAAUGUCACUGUUUUGCAAUCGAGCAACAGCCAGCAGCAACAACCAUCCACCUCACACGCAUCCAUUUCACCGUAUGCAAUUCAGCCGAUUCUAACGGAGCAUUUACAACAAGUAGGCGAAUUCUCUUCGUAA